CAACAGUCCACGAUCUGCUACUGACGUUCAACCAGCUUUUACGGGAGUACGUUUCGUGCUGGGGAAAGGGAUUGUUUAUUCUGAAAGUGGACGAGUAACAGCAUUAGAAUACAAGGAAAAGAACUCCCCGGAAAGUCACGUCCCUGUGGGAGGCUGUCUCCCAUUUCUAGAAGAUUUCAACAGGUGUAGCAGUGACACAGAAAGAAGACAGUCAUGGUGGCGCUGUCGUUAAAGAUCGGGGUGGGAAAUGUGGUAAAAACCAUGCAGUUUGAGCCCUCCACUAUGGUGUACGACGCCUGUCGAAUCAUCAGGGAGAGAGUUCCAGAAGCGCAGCUCGGCCAGCCCAACGACUACGGCCUUUUCCUGUCAGACGAGGACCCAAAGAAAGGCAUCUGGCUCGAAGCAGGGAAAGCACUAGACUACUACAUGCUGAGAAAUGGGGACACACUCGAGUACAAGAAGAAACAGAGGCCACUCAAGAUCCGCAUGUUGGACGGGACGGUGAAAACAGUCAUGGUGGACGACUCCAAAAUCGUCAGUGAUAUGCUCAUGACCAUCUGCGCCAGGAUAGGCAUUACAAACUAUGAUGAGUACUCGCUGGUUCGGGAUGUGGUUGAGGAGAAGAAGGAGGAGAUCACAGGAACAUUAAAGAAAGAUAAAACCCUCCUGAGGGACGACAAAAAGAUGGAAAAACUCAAGCAGAAGCUCCACACGGAUGAUGAGCUGAACUGGUUGGACCACGGGCGAACGCUGCGGGAGCAGGGUGUGGAGGAGACGGAGAUGCUUCUUCUCAGAAGGAAGUUCUUUUACUCUGACCAGAACGUGGACUCCAGAGACCCAGUUCAGCUUAACCUGCUCUAUGUACAGGCUCGAGACGAUAUUCUGAACGGAUCCCACCCCGUCUCCUUCGACAAGGCUUGUGAGUUUGCAGGGUACCAGUGUCAGAUCCAGUUUGGUGAUCACAACGAAUCUAAACACAAACCAGGAUUUCUUGAUUUAAAAGAAUUCUUACCCAAGGAGUACAUAAAAAACAAAGGCGAGAAAAAGAUCUUUCAGGCACACAAGAACAGCCAGAGUAUGACUGAAAUCGAGGCCAAAGUCAGCUAUGUGAAACUGGCGCGUUCUCUUAAAACCUAUGGCGUGUCCUUCUUCUUAGUAAAGGAGAAAAUGAAAGGCAAGAACAAGCUGGUUCCUCGUCUGCUGGGCAUCACUAAGGAGUGUGUGAUGAGGGUGGACGAGAGGACCAAGGAGGUCAUGCAAGAGUGGAACCUGACCAACAUUAAGCGCUGGGCUGCCUCUCCUAAAAGCUUCACCCUGGACUUUGGAGAUUAUCAGGAUGGCUACUACUCAGUACAAACCACUGAAGGAGAGCAGAUUGCACAGCUGAUUGCUGGGUAUAUUGACAUCAUUCUCAAAAAGAAAAAGAGCAAAGACCACUUUGGCCUGGAAGGAGAUGAGGAAUCGACCAUGCUGGAGGACUCUGUCUCUCCUAAAAAGUCAACAGUGCUGCAACAGCAGUUCAAUAAAGUAGGCAAGGUUGAGACCGGCUCAGUAGCCCUGCCAGCCAUCAUGCGCUCAGGUGCUGGCGGUCCAGAGAGCUUUCAGAUGGGCUCCAUGCCCCAGGCCAAGCAGCAAAUCACCAGUGGUCAGAUGCACACAGGGCACAUGCCUCCUCUGACCUCAGCCCAGCAGGCUCUGACAGGCACCAUUAACUCCAGUAUGCAGGCAGUUCAAGCAGCCCAGGCAUCGCUGGAUGAGUUUGAUACUCUGCCACCUCUGGGCACUGAUGCGGCUUCUCAAGCCUGGAGGAAGAAUAAGAUGGACGAGUCCAAGCACGAGAUCCAUUCUCAAGUUGAUGCUAUAACUGCAGGAACAGCGUCUAUGGUCAAUCUCACUGCCGGAGACCCAGCAGAGACGGACUACACGGCUGUAGGCUGUGCCGUGACCACCAUCUCCUCCAACUUGACCGAGAUGUCCAAGGGUGUGAAGCUGCUGGCCGCGCUGAUGGAAGACGAGGGUGGAAAUGGACAACAGCUCCUGGGUGCCGCUCGCAACCUGGCGUGCGCCGUGUCGGACAUGCUAAAGACAGCCCAACCCGCCAGUGCCGAACCUCGUCAGAACCUCCUGCAGGCAGCCGGUAACGUCGGCCAGGCCAGCGGAGAGUUGCUACAGCAGAUCGGAGAGAGUGACGCUGACCAGCAGUUCCAGUCUUUAGGCAGAGGAUCGCUCACAAGACGGAGUCACCAAUAUAGUCAAAUGCUGGACAUGCUGAUGAAGCUGGCUAAGGCUGUAGCUACCGCAGCAGCGACUCUGGUGCUGAAGGCGAAGAACGUGGCCCAGAAAACAGAAGAUUCUGCCCAUCAGAACCGGGUCAUCGCUGCUGCUACACAGUGUGCCCUUUCCACCUCACAGCUGGUGGCCUGCACACGGGUGGUGGCUCCUACCAUCAGCUCCCCAGUGUGUCAGGAGCAGCUGAUCGAGGCAGGGAAACUGGUGGCUAAAUCGGUGGAAGGCUGCGUGGAAGCGUCACAGGGGGCCACCCAAGACGAGCAGCUGCUGAAGCAAGUGGGUGUUGCCGCCACAGGAGUCACUCAGGCUCUCAACGAGCUGCUGCAGCACAUCAAGCAGUACGCCAGCGGCGGCCAGCCAAUCGGACGCCACGGCGAGGCCACCGACCGCAUCCUGGACGUCACGGAGAACAUCUUCAGCUCUAUGGGAGAUGCAGGUGAGAUGGUGAGACAGGCCCGUAUCUUAGCCCAGGCCACCUCCGACCUGGUCAAUGCCAUCAAAGCGGACGCCGAGGGUGAGACAGACCUGGAGAACUCGCGCAAGCUGCUUUCUGCCGCCAAGCUUCUAGCCGAUGCCACGGCCAAGAUGGUCGAGGCUGCCAAGGGUGCUGCUGCUAAUCCAGAUAGUGAGGAGCAGCAGCAGAAGUUGCGCGAGGCUGCUGAGGGCCUGCGUAUGGCCACCAAUGCAGCAGCGCAGAACGCCAUCAAAAAGAGACUGGUCAACAAACUGGAGAAUGCUGCAAAGCAGGCCGCUGCGGCUGCAACUCAGACCAUAGCCGCUGCCCAGCACGCCGCCUCGUCAAACAAGAAUCCUGCGGCUCAACAGCAGCUUGUCCAUAGCUGCAAGGUUGUGGCAGACCAGAUUCCCCAGCUAGUGCAGGGAGUAAGAGGCAGCCAAGGCCAGCCUGACAGCCCCAGCGCUCAGCUCGCCCUCAUCGCAGCCAGCCAGAACUUUUUACAGCCUGGAGCCAAGAUGGUGACUGCAGCCAAAGCAACAGUGCCCACCAUUAGUGACCAGGCCUCUGCCAUGCAGCUUAGUCAGUGCGCCAAGAAUCUAGCUAGCGCAUUGGGCGAGCUCCGCACCGCAGCUCAGAAGGCUCAGGAAGCAUGUGGUCCUCUGGAGAUUGAUAAUGCUUUGAAUUUGGUAAAAGGACUGGAGAAGGACAUGCAGGAGGCUAAAGCCUCAGCAGCUGAAGGCAGACUCAGACCUCUUCCUGGAGAAACUCUGGAGAAGUGCUCUAAGGAUCUGGGCUCCAACACCAAGGCCGUGAGCUCUGCUAUUGCCCAGCUGCUUAGUGAAGCUACACAGGGCAAUGAGAAUUACACUGGUAUGGCAGCACGUGAUGUGGCCCAGGCCCUUCGUUCUUUGGCCUCUGCAGCCCGUGGAGUUGCAGCCACCACUGCUGACCCACAGGCUCGAAAUGCCAUGCUGGACUGUGCUGGAGAUGUCCUGGAUAAAUCAGCCAACCUCAUUGAAGAGACCAAGAGAGCCGUGGCCAAACCUGGAGACCCAGAUAGUCAGCAGCGUCUGGCUCAGGUGGCCAAGGCUGUGUCUCAGGCACUGAACCGCUGUGUGAACUGCCUCCCUGGACAGAGAGAUGUGGAUAAUGCCAUAAGAACUGUGGGAGAGGCCAGCAAGAAGCUCCUUUCUGAUCAAUUCCCAUCCAGUGGAAAGACCUUCCAAGAAGCUCAGGGGAAUCUAAACCAGGCAGCUGCCGGCCUUAACCAGUCAGCCAACGAGCUGGUGCAGGCAUCCCGUGGCACCACACAGGACCUUUCUAAAGCCACUGGCAAGUUUGGCCAAGACUUUAGCCACUUCCUGGAGGCUGGAGUGGACAUGGCUGGACAUUCUCAGUCUAAAGAAGACCAAACUCAGGUAGUGACCAACCUCAAGACCAUCUCCAUGUCAUCUAGCAAGCUGCUGCUGGCGGCCAAGGCUCUGUCCACUGAUCCCAACUCUCCUAACCUGAAGAACCAACUGGCUGCUGCAGCACGCGCUGUGACCGACAGCAUCAACCAGCUGAUCACCAUGUGUACCCAGCAAGCCCCGGGUCAAAAGGAGUGUGACAACGCACUCAGGGAACUCGAGACGGUGCGGGGCAUGCUGGAGAACCCGACUGAGGCAGUGAAUGACAUGGGCUACUUUGACUGUAUUGACAGUGUUAUGGAGAACUCCAAGGUUUUGGGAGAGGCUAUGGCCGGCAUCUCACACAACGCAAAGAACAGCAACCUGCCGGAGUUCGGCGAUGCAGUCAGCUCUGCAUCCAAAGCUUUGUGUGGCCUUACUGAAGCCGCUACUCAGGGGGCGUAUCUGGUGGGUGUCUCCGAUCCAAACAGCCAUGCAGGACAGAAGGGCCUGGUGGAUCCAGCUCAGUUUGCCAAAGCCAAACAGUCCAUCCAGAUGGCCUGUCAGAACCUGGUGGACCCAGCCUGCACCCAGUCCCAGGUCCUCUCUGCUGCCACAAUCGUUGCCAAGCACACCUCCGCCCUAUGCAACGCCUGCCGACUCGCCUCCUCCAAAACAUCCAACCCUGUUGCUAAGCGACAGUUUGUCCAGAGUGCCAAGGAAGUUGCGAACAGCACAGCCAACCUUGUCAAGUCCAUCAAAGCUUUGGAUGGAGCCUUCAACCCUGAGAACAGACAGAAGUGCAAAGCUGCCACAGGGCCGCUGAUCGAGGCUGUGGAUAAUCUUACUGCCUUCGCCUCGAACCCAGAGUUUGCCAGCGUGCCUGCACAGAUCAGCCCAGAGGGUCAUGCUGCAAUGGAGCCCAUCGUGAUUGCAGCUAAAACCAUGCUGGAGAGCUCCACAGGUCUCAUCCAGACUGCCCGCUCACUGGCUGUCAACCCCAAAGACCCGCCCAAGUGGUCAGUCCUAGCCGGCCACUCCAGGACCGUUUCCGACUCGAUCAAGAAACUCAUCACCAACAUGAGAGAUAAGGCUCCAGGCCAGAGGGAGUGUGACGAGGCCAUCGAGGUUCUCAACAACUGCAUCCGUGAAGUGGACCAGGCUUCUCUCGCUGCCAUCAGCCAACAACUCGCACCCAGAGACGACAUCUCCCAUGAGGCUCUACAUGAGCAGAUGGCAGCCUCAGUACAGGAGAUCAGCAACCUGAUUGAUCCAGUGGCCAUCGCAGCUCGUUCUGAUGCCUCUCAGCUAGGACACAAGGUGUCUCAGAUGGCAAGCUACUUCGAGCCACUUAUUUUUGCAGCUAUCGGCACUGCUUCGAAGAUCCUGAAUAGUCAACAGCAAAUGAGUGUGCUGGACCAGACCAAGACUCUGGCGGAGUCUGCGUUACAGAUGCUCUACACCGCUAAAGAAGCUGGCGGGAACCCCAAGGCUGCCCACACUCAGGAGGCCCUGGAGGAGUCUGUGCAGAUGAUGAAGGAGGCCGUGGAUGACCUGGGUGGUACGAUGGCCGAAGCAGCCAGUGCAGCAGGAGCUGUGGGCGGCAUGGUGGACUCCAUCAGCCAAGCUAUUAACAAGAUGGAAGAUUCCGGUGUGGAGGCUGACGGAACCUUCGUGGACUACCAGACCACCAUGGUGAAGACGGCCAAGGCCAUCGCAGUCACCGUGCAGGAAAUGGUUACCAAAUCAAACACCAACCCUGAUGAGCUGGGAGGCCUGGCCAAUCAGCUGACCAAUGAGUUCGGUGACCUGGCUUCAGAAGCCAGAGGUGCUGCCAUCACUGCAGAGAAUGAUGAGAUUGGCUCUCACAUUAAGAAGCAGGUAACAGAGCUGGGCUAUGGCUGCACCUCAUUGGUCACCAAGGCCGGAGCCCUGCAGUGCAGUCCCAACGAUUCCAUCACCAAGAAGGAGCUGAUAGAUGCGGCCCGGAAAGUCUCUGAGAAGGUGUCUCACGUGUUGGCAGCACUGCAGGCUGGGAACCGCGGCACUCAGGCUUGCAUUACAGCUGCCAGUGCCGUGUCUGGAAUCAUCGCUGACCUCGACACAACGAUCAUGUUUGCUACAGCCGGUACACUGAAUCGGGAGAAUGCGGAGACCUUCGCCGAUCACAGAGAACACAUCCUGAAGACUGCUAAAGUUCUGGUGGAGGACACCAAGCUGUUGGUGUCUGGUGCUGGAGCCAGUCAGGAGAAGCUGGCACAGGCUGCUCAGUCCUCCGUCAACACCAUCACCAAACUGGCCGACGUGGUCAAGCUGGGGGCUGCCAGCCUGGGCUCAGAGGACCCAGAGACGCAGGUGGUCCUGAUCAAUGCAGUCAAAGACGUGGCUAAAGCUCUGGGUGACCUCAUUCGAACUACCAAGGCAGCAGCUGGCAAGCCUCACGAUGACCCUGCCAUGCUGCAGCUUAAGAGCUCUGCCAAGGUAAUGGUUACGAAUGUGACGUCCCUGCUGAAGACGGUUAAGGCUGUGGAGGAUGAAGCCACCAAAGGCACACGUGCAUUGGAGGCGACCAUCGAGCACAUCAAACAAGAACUGACUGUGUUCAGAAGUCCAGAUCCUCCACCGAAGACAGCUACGCCCGAGGAGUUUAUUCGCAUGACCAAGGGCAUCACGAUGGCCACGGCCAAGGCGGUGGCUGCUGGAAACUCUUGUCGUCAAGAGGACAUUAUCGCCACAGCCAACCUGAGCAGGAGAGCCAUUGCUGAAAUGCUUCACUCUUGCAAGCAAGCAGCCUACCAUCCGGAGGUAAGCACAGAAGUGCGUGGACGUGCCCUGCGCUUCGGAACGGAGUGUGCCAGCGGCUACCUGGGUCUCCUGGAACACGUGCUUGUGAUAAUCCAAAAACCCAGUUCUGAUCUGAAGCAGCAGCUGGCAAACUACUCCAAACGGGUGGCCGGAUCUGUCACUGAGCUCAUCCAGGCAGCCGAGGCCAUGAAAGGCACUGAAUGGGUGGACCCAGAAGACCCCACCGUUAUCGCAGAAAACGAGCUGCUUGGUGCAGCGGCCGCUAUCGAAGCCGCCGCCAAGAAGCUGGAGCAGCUGAAACCACGAGCCAAGCCCAAGGAGGCUGAUGAGAGCCUGAACUUCGAAGAGCAGAUUUUGGAGGCAGCCAAGUCAAUUGCCGCAGCCACUAGUGCACUGGUGAAGGCUGCAUCUGCUGCACAAAGAGAACUGGUAGCCCAGGGCAAGGUCGGCGCCAUCCCAGCCAACGCAGUGGACGAUGGACAGUGGUCUCAGGGUCUCAUUUCAGCUGCUCGUAUGGUCGCUGCAGCCACCAACAACCUGUGCGAGGCGGCUAACUCGGCAGUGCAGGGCCACGCUAGCGAGGAGAAGCUGAUCUCCUCAGCUAAGCAGGUGGCUGCUUCCACUGCUCAGCUGCUUGUGGCCUGCAAGGUCAAGGCUGACCAGGACUCACAAACCAUGAAGAGACUCCAGGCUGCUGGUAAUGCAGUAAAGAAAGCUUCAGACAAUCUAGUAAAGGCAGCACAAAAGGCUGCUUUCGAUGCCCCAGAUGAUCCCGGUGUAACGGUGAACAAAAGGAUGGUGGGCGGCAUCGCUCAGAUCAUCGCUGCUCAGGAGGAGAUGUUAAGGAAGGAGAGGGAGCUGGAUGAAGCCAGGAGGAAGCUGGCACAGAUCCGACAGCAGCAGUAUAAGUUCUUGCCCUCCGAGCUGAGGGAGGACGGUCCUGAGCAGUGAGGAGCAUCCUGGGGCCACAAACCUGCUGCAUAGAGCCGCCAGCCCUGAGCGCUUCAUCUAUUCAAGCAUUUCUUGCAGGAACAACAUUCAGGCUAAAUAAUUAACGCGAUGCAAUGGGUGAAAAGUAAACAAAUGUAUCAGGAUGUCUAUUUGUUAUGAGUUGUCCAUUUUCUUUAUCGUUCCUGUAAUGAGCAUCACGGUUCACCACAAGAUUAUUCGGUUUUUUUGCUUUUUUCUUUGUUUUUUGCACAUUGUAUGCAAGUAACUGCGCUUUUAAUAGAACAAAAUGAUUAAGUUAGCGGUAGAUUAUUUAGAAUUAGUUUGACUUCUCUAGAAAAAGCAUGGGUCCUGUUUGCAGCUAGUUGUUUUAAUGUCCUGUAUUCAUUUCACACACUUUUGACGGUGUUAAACAAAAGUAUUUCGCUGGCGCCGAGUGAUCAUGUGAACAGUUGUAGAGUGUAUUGGUCACUGGUUGCUAGCUGGAGGGUUUGUGGAUAUGUAUUGACGUCUGCCAGACUAACCAAAGUGAGGGUAAGAGAUACUCUACAGUAAAUAAUGGGGUGUUUGUAUUUUUAUCUAUCUUUGCUUGUUAUCGGCUUCCAAAGAAAGUGCGGUUUGUUGGCAGGCCACGUUCAGGUUGUUAAAACCACACACAGUUGAAUUUAUAUUUGUGGCAGUCGGACCAGCAGUGCAAUGAUGAACUUUGCGUAAAACAAUUCAGAGAGAAAACAUAUCAUUUAAAAAAAACUUCAGAAUAAUAAAGCUAUAAAAAUGUUACAAAUGCUAUCUUCUAUUAAAUGUAUGUUUAUACACAUUUGUCAGUGUUUGUUGUGUAUGUAAACAUUUAGGCCUCAUGGCAGUCCUUUCAAAUGUCUGUCUCACAAUGUCUUGAGUAUAAAAGCCAUAUUUUUUGUUAUUUUUGUUUCAAACCAUGAAUUAUUAUGCAAUACGGUGCUACAUAACGGAUUCCCUUUUUUACAGUGACAUUAAAAAGGUGAACAAAUAUGAGUUAACACAGAUAACCAUGUCACCCACGUGAUUGAAAACGAUUUCAAAGUAUUAAGUGCUUGUAUUAAGAAUGUCACUGAAUUAGCCAGGUUUGAUCCUGUUAUGUUGCAUUUACUGCAUUUCAAAGUGCCUGUAUGUUUUUAUAAGCGUGUACUGUUAACAUUUCUCCCAUUUUAUGUGCACUUCAUUCUUCGUCUAACUUAACAAAAUCAUAUAAAAUCACUCUUUUUCAAAGACA